GGAUAUCCUCGAGCCCCGACCUCGAAUCUCCUUUUUCUCACUUUACCUCGUAAAAACGCUACAACGUCGAGACCUCACAAGCGCCCCGAGCCUCACACCCCUCCACUUCUGCCCAUAUACCUUGGCUCGUCAUUACCCCUAUCCCGUCCCUUCACCAUGGACCCGUCCUGGACUCAUCAGAGACAACCGCAACGCCAGGCUGGCGAUUCAGCCCGAUCGGGUCACUACAACCCCCCAAACACCAAUUCGACCCCUCCGCAAGCAUUCGCUUCGGCUGGGAAUUACGGGACCAUCAACCCAGAUUACCGUCAAGCUCAAUCAUACAACCCUUCGUCGAGCGGUACGACCGGGUCGACGCGACCUCCUGCCCAGAUCCACGAUGCGUAUAGGAGGGCGGACGGGAACGAGCCGACUGCUACGAGAGACGUCUAUUCGGCGCGUUCUGCAGCUGGGACCGCUACCACUCAAGACGUACCCCCUGCGGCCACGCCUACCUCGGCUCGACCCGCUCCCAAAAGGUCUCGAGCCAAGAAACAAGCGGCCGCUCCUGCUGCAGAUGGAGCCACCGCAGCCACAAACACUACGCAGAGCAACACUACCAACAAUGCUGCCGCAGCUGGAACCGAGACGGGUCCCUCCGGUCGACCUCUACCUUUCAACACUAAACCCCUAUACGACCGGAUCGAAAAGCUGACCAAGACUCACGGAGAUCUCAUCACCUAUCUCCACGGCGAACUCGACCGUCGUAGGGAUUGGGAGGAGAUGAUGGUCAAGGAAAUGCAUCAACGUCAUCAAGUCCUCUUGACGCUCAUCACCUCGCUCGUCCCCGUCACCAAUUCGACGGUGGGGUCCUCUGGACAUGGACAAGCAGGGAGGUCGUCUCUGUUGGCUUCGGACCUGAGCACUACCAUCGGUCGGGCAGGCUUGCCCGGUGUACCCUCCGUCUCCAACAUGGGAUCGUUGCAAGAUCAAGACUUUGGAAACGGUGCAGGGUUCGAGGAUGACAACGACUAUGGGAACGAUACGCCUGUGAUCAGUCUCUCCCAACCGGCUGCCUAUACUCAGCAGACGGCGGGCGAAUCGUCAACUCAAGGUGCUUCUGCUGGGGGUCUGAAACGCGCCAGAGACGGGGACGGACCGCACUACCACGAUUUCCAGAAAGACGCCGGGGUCGAGGUGGACGAGCGCGGGAUCAUCUACAUGGCAGGUGGAAGGAAGAAUGGAGUCGUACCGACCAAGAUUGCUUCUUUGGUCAGAAAGACCCUGUACGCGUCGCAAGGCGUUCCGGUGGGCAAGUUGCAGUUGCCCUUGUACGUCAACGGAAUGUACCCGGCCAACGGGGACGAGCAUUGGUCGUUCGGUAACCUUCGUUUCGACUGGAACUCGACGACUAGGAAAUCUACGCACAACGCCGAGAUGAAACAGAUCGUCAUCGAGCACAUCGUAUCGCAUCGAUACGCCUACCCGGAGAUCCCCGAAACUGAAUUCACUGCCGACAGGUUGGAAGCGACGUACGAGCAGUCGUUCAACAGCUGGAAGGCCAAGUUCUUGGGCAAGAAGCCGAGCGGGCCUCACAAGAGGGCGAAGACGUCGAUGGGGUUGAGGGAGAUUCAGAAAUUGCUCGAGGUCGUCGGGACCGGGAGGGAUGGAUCGGAUGGGCAAGCGUCCGGAUCCCAGAUGGCAUUGGACGCGGGUGAUUCGGUCAAUACGAUCGGUUGAUCGGUUCCAUGGCAUUGACUCUACCGGCUGGAGCGAUGAGGUUUCCGUCUCAUGUACGUAAUAUCUCGCUCUUAUUUUCUGUUGCUCGUAGCCAGAUCCAUGUGUUGUAAAGUGUACAAAUGAUGAUCAAUAUGAGUACCAGUCGACUGAUCGCGACUGUACUUGUCCUGGCGAGGGCACG